AUGCUUCCCUCAAUACAAGCACGGACGUUUUCACCUCUGCUCUCUUUCGUCUUGCGCCCCCGGACGCUAGCAACACAUGCCACCGCUGUCCCCACGACAUACCCAGGCACUCCGCCCGUCCAAGCACACUCAAAAAAGGCCGCAGUCUCAUCUGCAUCGACCAACGAGGGAGGCGCCCUCAGACCACAUCUGAACAUUCCGGUGAAUCCGAACCACGGGCUAUAUGGGUUCUUCCGUCGGACGGAAAAGGACGGUGUCGUGUCGUAUGAGACGGUGGAGCAAAACAAUGCCCUCACCACAAAUACAGGUCGCUCGUGGACCGCGGCGGAGCUGCGUCUCAAGAGCUUCAAAGACCUGCAUACGCUGUGGUAUGUGCUCCUGCGGGAGCGGAACUUACUCGCUUCGCAAGCGGAGGAGGCGAGGCGACAUGGGAUUACGGUAGGAGUACUCAAUGUGAAGCAGAAAUCUCUACGGUGCCGCAAAAGCAUGGCCCGCAUCAAGUACGUGAUCAACGAGCGACGGCUGGCGUAUGAGGGCGCGGUCGGGGCGCUGAGAGAGCAGCGUGAGAAGGAACUGGCGGCACUGCGGGAGGAGCGAGUGGCUGAGGAGCGGGCGGAGGCUGCUGCUGCACAGGCAGCAGCGAAGGCGGCGGAUAAGGAGAGUAGACAGGAUGCAGGGCAGGCGCAGUCCGCGGCGAACCUCGCUGCGCAGGGCUUGUUUGAAACCGCACCGCAGAACGAGGGACAGGCGAAGCGACCGUAG